CACAAACUAAGACAUAGUUUAGAACAUGCAUAGUUUGAACCAUGGUUGACACAAAUUAAAACAUUGGAAAAUAAGGAAACCUAACUAGUGUUGGCAUCGUAUAUUUUGUGUGUUCGCUGACAAGAAAGAACACUUCCAGGCAUUUCCAGUCGCCCAUACUAGAAAAUCCAGCCGGUGAUGAUAGCCCUAUUGGUCCUUUCAAGGAAGAACAUCCAAAAACAUGCGUGCCUAUUUUCGCUGGGGUGUUGCUCUCAGGAAGAGGAGAAAAUAUUGGUCUAUGAAUACUUGCCAAAUAAAAGCCUGGAUUUCUUCAUUUUUGGUACAUGUUUUCAUGUCUUAUUUUUCUUUAAAUACUGCUGAAGAACCAUAACGACUAAAUAUUACUGAUAAUUUAUUUUCACAUCUCUGAGUAUAUUUCGAUUGCCUAUUUUUUUUGUUCAUUUUCUCCUGCUAUACUAAUAUGUAAUUGAUGUGUAGAUGGGAAUAAAAGAGCUUUACUGGAUUGGUCUAAACAAGUAGCAAUAAUUGAAGGAGUAGCACAUGGUCUUGUUUACCUUCAUAAGCAUUCUCGGUUGCUCGUGAUACAUAGAGAUCUUAAGCCAAGCAAUAUUCUCUUGGACAAUGAAAUGAAUCCUAAAAUUUCAGAUUUUGGACUCGCAAAAAUAUUCUGCUCAGAUAACACAGAAGGUGACACUACGAGAAGAGUGGUUGGUACAUAUGGCUACAUGGCUCCGGAGUAUGCUUCCCAGGGACACUUCUCAAUCAAAUCAGAUGUAUUCAGCUUCGGUGUUUUAGUUCUCGAGAUCCUUAGCGGGAAAAGGAAUUUUGGUAACCAUCAAUGUGGAGCUUACAUCAAUCUCCUUGGAUAUGCUUGGCAAUUAUUUAAGGAGGGUAGAUGGAUCGAACUUGUUGAUGCGCCAUUGCUUCCCAUUCACUCCACGGAAGUGAUGAGGUGCUUUAACAUUGCACUGUUGUGUGUACAAGAGAAUGCAGUUGAUCGGCCGACCAUGUUGGAUGUUGCUGCGAUGCUAAGCAGCAAGACUAUGGUCCUAAGUGAGCCUAAGCACCCAGCAUAUUUCAAUUUAAGUGUAGGCAAUGAAGAGGCAACCCUUGCUACUCAGCCAUACAGUGCUAGUAGUUUGACCAUAUCUAUCAUAACUGGUAGAUAGCUUUUCUUUCAUUCUAUCUGUUUUGUACCUAGCCACUGUCACACUGUGGAAUCAAUGAUACCGUACAUGUUGUAUAGUGCACAAACUUAAGUGCUGUAUAUGUAGUUUAUUUUUCUGUGA